AUGGAUAAAGGUAAUAAUAACACACAACUGGAAUUCGAAGAGGUUCUAAAUCAACAACUAGGUGAAUUUGGAAAAUAUCAAUUGAGAAAUAUAUUGCUCGUGUUGCUACCAGCUACAUUUAUGGGUUUUGUGGCAGGAGAUUACAUCUUUACAGCCGGUAAACUUCCGCAUCGAUGUGCAGUACCAAUAUGUGACGAUCUCGAACAAGAAUAUGCACCAGAGUGGAUUCUGAAUGCCGUCCCAGAAACUUCAACUGGGUUCGAUGAUUGCUUUAGAUAUGCUAAUAAAACUUACCUUCCAGACUCCCUUCCAAAUGGCACAUGCCCAGCAUCGCUAUUUAAUAGAAAUAUUGUUAUAAGUUGCGAGAGUUACAUCUAUGAGAGGACAAACACCGUAGUUUACGAUUUCGGAUUGGAGUGCCAGGAAUGGCUUAGAGCUCUUGCAGGAACGUUAAACAGCAUGGGCGCAAUGAUCGCACUUCCACUAGCUGGAGUUAUAUCUGAUUAUUUAGGCAGACGUAUUUCAGUAGUAAUUUUUGGCUUCAAUGUUGCGCUUGUUGGUUGCGUUAAAGCUUUUUCAAUAAACUACACAAUGUAUGUAACACUUCAAUUUCUGCAUACCGCUAUUGGAGGAGGACUAUACAGCGCUGGUUAUAUAUUAGCCACAGAAAUUGUUGGCUCCAGAUUUCGUAUUUAUAUUAGUGCAGUAAUGUCAUCUGCAUUCGCUUUUGGACAAGCGCUAUUAGGCUUAAUUGCUUCAGCUGAAUUAGAAUGGCGAAACCUUACUUUAAUAUUAUUUGCACCAGUAUUUAUUACUGUUUCUUAUUACUGGUUGCUAAUAGAAAGCCAUCGUUGGCUCUUAAGUAAAAAUGAAACUAAAAUAGCGACAGAGACUUUAAAACGUGCAGCGAAGUUAAAUGGAAAACAGAUAUCCGAAUCGUCUCUGAAUUUUCUUCUGACAGCCAUACCCAAACAAAAUAAGACUGAAAAGAAUAUUCAGAAUAGAAAUCUCAUCUAUCGUGUUCUGAAAUCACGAGUAAUGUUGCAACGGUGCUGCACAACACCAGUGUAUUGGAUUACAACAACAUUCAUAUACUAUGGGCUUUCCAUUAACGCCGUGAAUCUAUCAGGAAAUAUUUAUCUUAAUUAUAUACUAACAACUCUCAUAGAGAUACCCGGCUAUUGGACGGCAGUCCUCAUCUUAGACAGAGUGGGUAGAAAAGUAACAUUAUUUUCAGGUUACAUGGUCUGUGGAAUAUGUUGCUUCGCUUUCGCGUUUAUUCCAAAAAGUUUUUACGGUCUGUCACUAUUUUUAUAUUUACUAGGCAAGUAUUGUACGGGCUUGAUUUUUACAUCUCUGUAUUUAUAUACUACUGAGUUAUACCCAACGAGACAUCGGCAUUCAUUUCUGGGAUUCUCUUCGAUGUUAGGAAGAAUUGGAUCUGUGUUAGCACCGCUCACUCCUCCUCUUAUGGUGUAUUGGACUGGUAUACCGUCUGUUUUAUUUGGUGCAAUGUCAACAAUAGCAGCUCUUUUGAUUCUUACGCAACCAGAAACAAGGGGUAGAAAAAUUCCAGACACCUUUGAAGAUGCCGAAAACAUAAUGUAA